AUGACGCUUUCCUGUGGCAAAGUUGUUGAUCCAUCCCCCGUGCAUAUAUCGCAUGACCAAUACCCAGAUCAGCUGGUCCCAAAAGAGUCGACUGAGCAGCAUACUAGCUCUAACGAGAAUAGGACCCACGCAAUCGCCACGACGGACGCGGACUCAGAAGCGGAGGCGGGUAGUGGUACAGGAGCCUACAAGACAGAAGAUGUCGUCAGCAAUGCGCAGGAUGAGCGGUCAGCGAAUACCCUUUCACCUGAACAACAUGUCUUCGAGGACGCGUUCCAGAAUCAGGCCGCUACGGGGAACCGCCUCCCGACACAUGAACCUAACAUGCCCGAUCUAGUGACUUCUAUUCGAGGCAUGUAUCGUAUUCUCGACCUGAUCAACGAGCAAGGCAGCGGAGGACUUGUGGACAAGGUCAUCAUUUCCCAAGAAUCCCUCGGAAAAUUCAUGAACGACCUGCAACCGGGGUCGUAUAUCUCGAUCACUAAAGUCGAUUUCGCUGUGCUGGACAACAUUGGAGUCAAGCCGAUCGGAAUCUACGGUAGUAAGACCGAGAUCAUUCGCUUCCUCGAAAGUGUGGACGCGGUCGGUAAUGCAACGGCUCAUGCACUUCGUGCUGAGACAUCUCAGUCUCUCAGUGCUGUGCGGCCCGUCCUACGCUCAGGCUUGUACAUCCUACGAGUUCCUCAAGGAGGUGUCGAGGAUGGUGCGGAAGUUCUAUAUGCGAUCUACUGGCCGGAAGACACAACUUGGGAGUAUAACCCUCCUUCCACUGCAGAGCGCAACAGAGUUACUUUCAUGCGCUAUCUGACAAAGAUUGCCGACCAAUUGGUGGCCCUUAUUUCCGACGACGACGCGGGGAAGAUAAUUUGGAAAGGAGAUGAUGACGACGUUGCGCCCCAUGAUCUCGACGAAGAUGAAGAUGAAGACGACCGCAUGUUCAUAUUCAAGGUGACGAAGUUGCAUGAGCAAGAAGAGAAUGUAACAUCAAGACCUGGAUGGACGAUUGAGGUCCCUUCAUUUCCGUCGUCCCCACCGCCUAAUAUAUCGGACAAUUUUGCCUCUCUGCCGUGCCUCAUUCAUGGGGAAGAGCGGCAAGGUCUACUUCAUGCAGUAUUCGUGCCGGCGCGUAGAAUCAGCAAAGCCCUCGACGAGGUUUUCACAGAGUCGCGGCUACGUUCACUAAUCAAAGACAAGUCUUUCAGACUUGACCACGACAUUUCCGUGGCGUCUAUUGAAAUACUGUUAUCGCUCGGACUGGUAGAGCGCGCCCCGGCAGCGUCAAAGGCUUACCGUUCCCGGGUGGACGAAAUCCAAUGCCGUGCGAAGGAAUCAGGCACCGCUCAGGAGAAGCAAAUCCAGACGAAACUUAAGGAAAAUGCUGACCGGCUACAACGCGCUCUACGUGAUAUGUGUAUCCAGCACAUAAUACGAAAAUAUCCUGCUGUGGACCCUCUGAGUCUGGCUGAACCGAGCACUCAGGACUCCUCCGACUCAACCGACGUUGGUACCCAGCACGGCCACGGUACCAUCCUGUCUGCAGAACAAGUCGUACUUCCGCUGACCAUUGUUUGCGUAGACGCUCUCGAUGAUCUAUCCAAGUUGCAUCCAGGUAUCCGGGAUGUGUUGGCGGAUGCUGAGAAAGACCACCAGUGGCAAUCAGUCCGAACACCACAGAUGAAGAAGUACAAGGAGCGUAUCCUACUUCUCGACUUCAUGUUUCAAGAUCUAGGCAAUGCACAUGCGACGCGGGACGAAAUGGCGGAGCUCAUCAAUGCUGUCAUCAACCAAGGCGACACCAAAACCAUGGCGGAGGUAGUGAAGAGCUCCGAUGGAUCCAAUCAAAGCUUUUUUGCGAAGACCUUGUCCUUUUUCUUUGGCACAGACGUUGCUAAGGAUCGCAUCACACAGGCAGAGAAUUAUGCUGCUGACGUCAGCUAUGCUGUGUUUCUGUCGAGUCUCGAUUCGAUCGUAGAGAGGGAGCCUCUUCUCUUCGACGCGGCGUUGGAAACGAAGAGACUGGCGCACGAGACACUGAAACGUAACGUUAAUACUCAGAUGCACAAACUCAUGGCUCGCAUUCAGAAGUUACAGGAGGAUGCUCUCAAACCCCAGAUAUGGCAUGACGUCAACAGCCAACGCGAUCAUGAUAUUGAGCUUGCACGCACUGAAUUCGUACAGGCCGUGUAUGACAGUUUCGUGUCGACUACAGGAAGGACGUUUUAUCUGAUCAACACAGUUACGAAGGCAUCAAGAUAUAUAAGCUUUCAUUCUUGGGCCGUCAGUGGAAGUAGCGAGGAGUACUCCGAAUCGGCGCUGCGGUAUACCAUACGACCCAUUCUUCUGACGGAAGAAGAUGGUAACCGCUUGAAACUUGAUCCAUCCUUCAUACCUACUCCAAGAGUGCCUUCCUAUGCAGCGGCGUCUUUUGAGCUUCCUCUCGAGAAACAUAUAUCCCAUAUCCAGGCGCUGCCGAACAACAGAUGUUUACUCAUUGUUGACGAUCGGCGUAGCACAGUGAAGGUCUACUUAGAGCCCCUGCUUAGCCUGGCCCACGCUUUGGAGCACCACAAUGCGGAGAAGAAAUUGCUCAGUCGGGAGAAAAUUGGCGAACAGUGCAUAUUCGCUUUCAAUGAGGCCAAGCGUAUGCUUGCAGUCCUGGGUAUUUCCCAAGCUGAACAUCGAGUGGAACUUCAUAUUUUUGUGUUCGACGAGAAUUACACCACUCUCAAAGGACUGGGAAGUGCAGUGAAGCUUAACCCAUGGUACGACAACGCGGUCACUAUCACACAUGCCACAUUUGUCUGCGGGAGCGAAGAGCUUGCUCUCGUGGAUGACCGUGCACGUGUCAGAAUAUUCUCGAUCGUUACUCAGCAAUUUAGGCCAGCGUUCCAGCAAUUGGACAGCGUGCCGGAUGCUAUCUAUAGCUCCCCGGAUGGUGCCUGUCUACUGUCCCUGCACACUGUCGCUGGCACGUCCGUCAUGCGAGUAUACCACUGGUCAACAUUUGGAUCGUCAGGUGGUAUUUCCGUUGGGCUUAACGAGCUGAACACAAAUGAUUGCGUAGUCACGUCUCUAUGCAGAAGAACGAACGUACAUGUAGUGAGCUUGGACGCGGACUCCGGACGCUGCGCCUCACUUGCGCUAGACAUCACCCGCAAAGCUACCGAGUUCGCAUUCCGGGGGGAGAAGGAAGGAGUUGCUCAGUCUACGCAGACGGAGGCCGCCCGCAACUGCUUCUUGGACUGUCACGUCGACGUCUGGAGAAGAUUCCCGGUAAUUUCUGCUAUACGGCGACAGACAAUCAGUUCAUCAUCGAGACGCAAAUCUCGUACACUUGUUUGUGUGACGAGUCUUGACCAAGCAGCCUAUGCACCCUACUUCGCGAAUUGUAUCUCGUCGUUCGAGAAGGCAACUCAAAAACCAACUGGCACAGAACUCAGCGGCAUUGAAGCAACAGCACUCCGGUAUGAAGCAUUCGCAUCUCGAACGGACCUAGGAGGCGAUGUGUCAUGCUUCCGUGCCGGUGAAUGGCUCGCGGAUAUUUUGUGCCUGAUACCUAUCCAGAUAGCUGUCGCGAGAGAAAACAGGUUCAUCCCGAUCAAAGACGGCGUCUUUUCAAAUGACCUCGAACGUUCGCUCCUCGGAGCUGAUGUCGCGAGAAUCAUUGACAGCCUGUCCAUCGGUGAACAAUCCGUUGGCAAAAGUUUCGCACUCAAUCAUCUUGUGGAUACAUCCUUCGCUGGUUCGGCAAUGCGUACAACUGAAGGUGUCUGGAUGUCGGUUGCUCCGCUAGAUGAUAUGAUCAUCGUAGCACUUGACUUUGAAGGUAUGUCUUCAUCCGAUUUAGAAGCCUUGGGCCAAACAACUUUGCGAGUAGGUGUACACAGUAUCGAGAGAUCAGCGCAGGAGGAUACACUCCUUGUGUUGUUCAAUACCGCUAUAUCUAAUUUGUCGAACGAUUGGGGUGCUCUCUCUCAGACUAUGACUGCUCAUCGUGCGCAACUCCUUCUCACGCUGCUCCCAAACGCAUUAGCUUUCGGAGCAACGGAAGUCACGCCUGAAUUUGAACCACUAAAGGAUCUUGACACAAAUAUCCUCAUCACUGAGCCUGACACUACUUCUCGAUUUUUCGUGACAGAGUUGAUCGACAGAGAAGGCAUGAUUCAGCGCGAUGAUGCUCUGGCGACAGUGAUCAGAUCGUGGCACAAUUUCGCCAAGCGGCCCGAAAUUCCAGAGCAAGAAUGGAUCGAAGAUCUGACAAGCUUCUUGGAUCGCACUGUUGAAAAGCGGAUCGGAGCCGUGCAAGAGUGGAUCUCGAUGAACACCAAGCGUUGCCCGGCAGAUCAUGCUGAUAUGCAGUCCCUUCAACGAGCGGCAAGAAGUAUGAUCAUCGACCUCAAAUCAAACGUACAGGUUUGUACUUUACAGUGUGCGGAGUGUCAGCUAUCAUGUAUCCUACGGCGGCACCAUGAGGGCGGGCAUAGCUGUCAAACAUCACAUAAAUGCUUGCUCAAUUGCGAAUAUGAGGAGCGCGACGUUGAGCCGUGUGGAUUGCCCGCCGGCCAUCCUGGAACCCACAUCUGCCACAUCACGGCUCAUCUUUGUGGGAAGCCAUGUGAAUUGAGAGUCACGAACCUCACGACCGACAUAUAUGUGAUACGCGACAAUGCCCGAUCCAGUGUCAACUAUGCAAACGGCUGUGUGCCGAUGGGGACCAUCUACACGCCCUGCAAGGGGAGGCGCUGCAUCUGUGUGGCACCAGGCUUAUGCUACAUCGAAACAACGCCACAGUCUGUCGAGGCGACGUUCACUGGGCGACAUGAGACGUUCCAGUAUACAAAGUGUCUAAACGCCUCCAAUGUGUAA